AUCUCAUCAUCAGUUUCGUUCCGAUUGUACACCAGACCGGCUGCUAGUACAAGAUAAAGCACAACAAAAACAAUUGAAGAACAGGACACGAAACCACUGGCAUAAUGUCCAGCAAUACGAACAACUCGAACACAAAGCCCAAUGGCCGCAGCGAGCGCCGUAACCGCCAGCGCAAUAAGAAUUUCCACCACCGCUAUCUGGCACUGUGUCGCUCGAAGAACUUUCAACCCUUGCCGGAAAUCGUUAAACCGAAGCAGAAGGACCAAGUGUUUCUGGAUGUGUACGGUGAUCGGUUCAAGGCGUACGAUUGGCAGCUGAUCGAGGAUGCUUUACGCGAGGAUAAUUCCAUAAACCAUUUGGCACUGCGUUUACGAAAAACGUAUACCGAAGGUACUGACGGUUUAAUUCCAGCAAGCGCGUUGGAAGGACCGGGAACGGAGAAAACCAUUUUUUUGGACAAGCGUCUGUACAAGCAGCUGGUAGACACACUGGCAAUCUUUCUUCGGACAAACAAAGUGGUGAAGUAUUUCGCAUUCGAAGGAUUCCCGCUGGCAGGUGUGCGCUUGUGCACGCUUAUAACGGGCCUCGUGGACAACACUUCGCUGACCGAGCUGAACCUUGCCAGAUGCUCCAUCGGCGACGAAGGAUGCAAAGCGUUGUGCACCGAGAUGAAGUUUUUUCCCAACCUGCUCGUGCUGAACCUGACCGCGUGCCAGUUGACGGUUAAGGGAUGUCAAGCGAUUGCGGAGGUGAUCAAGUUUCAGAAGAUGCAACGUUACGCUACAAGCUGGGAGCAAUCGUUGCGCUAUGGUGACAUUAAGGAGGAUAAGCUAAUGGGCUUGCGAUACCUGUACCUGAGCCAUAACCCGGCCAUCGGGGACUACGGUUUGCUUGAGCUAACGGAUGUCCUGAAGGACGAUGCCUGGAUCCGGCAGAUUCAUGUGUGCAACUGUGGGCUGACCGACACCGGGGCACAGUUUCUAAUUGAAUGCUUGAAUAUGAACGCUGCGAUCGAAAAGUUCGACAUCCGCGACAACAACAAAAUUUCCAACGAGGCGUGUCACGAGAUCCUUGUCAAGUUAGGAGUGAAGGUGGAGGACGAUGGUUCAGAUUCCGGAUCGACACCCAAAAAGUAUCCAAAGACUAUGGCAGGAUUGAGGGAACGCUGUGAGUACCUUGAAAUGCAACUGAACACCGAGCGCAACAGAAGAAACCACUUGGAGUCAAAGCUGGAGCAACAGCACCUGCAACUUGGGGACUAUGCUGUACAGAUGAAGGAGCUGCAGCUUGAGAUGAACGCAUUGAUAAAAUCGCGCAACGAUGUAUUGGAAAUGUUGAGAAAGGUUGAAACUAAAUCGGUAAAGGCAAAGAAAGGAGGAUCUUACACUCCUUUGCGAAAGUCACAAAGCGACGCAUUUGCAAUAGUGAGCCAAGGAGCUUCAGCUUGCGAAGCAGUCAUGGCUUCAAAGUCUGAAAUAGUUGUUAAUGCAGAAAAGGAUCCGCAUCACGCUCAUGCUUCAUUUGCUAAUCGCAUUAUUGAACGGUCCAUGGGUGAUGGUGGUGGCGAUGGAGUUGAGAAGGAGGCUGAAGCUUUGCCAGAGAAAUUCUAAGUUUUGGUCCUUAUCUUGGUGUUAUCAAUGUUUAUCAAAAUUAUAAUGGAUGCUCUAUUUGUAACAGAAAAUAUAUAUUUUUAUACAUCUUAACAUGAAAUACUUC